UCACGUGAGAUGCCAGUUCCUUAUCACAUGAAGCACAAAAUGUUUCUGGUGCGAAUGUUAUAAUGUUUAAUCCAAGCGUAGUGGCGCUAUUUAGGAAGUUCAAAGCCGUAUUUCUUGUAACAGGGUAAUUAAUACAUCAUUGCGCAAUAUUAAAAGUUACAAAGCUUACUAAACGAGGAGCAGAACGCUGAACUCUACCGCAUCAAAUCUGUGUUUACAAUGUGGAGAAAAAUGAAAACUAUUUUCCUACUAAGGGCUGCAAUGACGCUGCUAGCAAGCCGUGUUUUUGCCGAGGAAACGGGGAACAGAGGAGUGACUCUGGUUGUGACAAAGGCUGAUAUCGUAGAAACUGGACACCAUACAACGUUUGCAAUUCAAUUCAGUGGCAUAUUGAACAAUACUGCAGUGAUCAUUCUGAACAGUACCAAACCAAACAUUGCAUGUCCUCUUCUAAAUCAGAUAAUUGUUUUGCCAAGUCGUGUAAUGGAGCCAGUUGCUGUCUUUGUCCAUGGGAAAAAUCCUGGAGAAACUCAUAUUACUGCAACAACUAAUUCAAAGGAAAUAAAAAACAUUGAUGCUAUACAUGUUGACGUAAAAGUUGUGAAAUCCAAACUGUUAACUGACAUCAACCAGGUUAUUGGAUGGGCAUAUUUUGUUGCCUGGUCAGUCUCAUUUUAUCCUCAGAUAUGGGUGAAUUUCAAGAGGAAAUGUGUCAUUGGAUUGAAUUUUGAUUUCUUGGCAUAUAAUAUAACAGGCUUUUUGGCUUAUCUUUUCUUCAACAUUGGUCUGUUCUAUUUCAAUUCAAUUCAGACAGAAUACUUUGACAAAUAUGGUGGUGAUGUUAUACCAGUAGAAUCAAAUGAUGUUUUCUUUACAAUACAUGCUGUUUUCUGUACAUUAAUAACAAUAUUUCAGUGCAUCAUAUAUGAGAAAGGAGACCAGAAAGUAUCAAAAAUAGCAAAGAUCUUGGUCACAGGUGGCUGGCUGUUUGCUAUUGUCUCUUUGGUGUUAACCCUCCUGAAGACAAUCACCUGGUUAACAUACCUGUACUAUUUCUCCUACAUAAAACUUGCUGUGACUCUUAUCAAGUAUAUGCCACAGGCAUAUAUGAACUUCAAGAGAAAAAGCACGGUAGGGUGGAGUAUUGGAAACGUUCUACUAGACUUCACAGGUGGCAGUUUGAGCAUGAUACAGCUGUUUCUUCUGGCUCAUAAUAACGAUGAGUGGAGCUCAUUAUUCGGUGACUUGACCAAGUUUGGACUAGGCCUGUUUUCAAUCCUGUUUGAUUUGCUCUUCAUUGUUCAGCAUUACGUACUUUACCGGAAAAGGAACCGAGAAGACUACGAAAGAAUUCCGGAGUCAACAAAUGUCACAAACCACAGCACCCCUAACAUAGCCAUACGCAGUUCAUCACCCCCUCCAGCUUACAAUCCGAAUUACAAUAGUUCUGAUUCACGUGGAGCUCUCAUAACAUAAAAAGGUAGAGCAGGCUGUAUUUAUUUUAGUUGAUUGGCUUUUUCUUUGGAAUUUGAUAAGAAAGUGCGCCGAGUACCACCGAAGUUACAUGCGAAAGGAAUCUAAUUGGAUUAUUAUAGUGGGAGAAAUAUUUUCAGUAGUUGUUUUGGUGCAUUAUUCAAGAAUCAGCUAAUUUUAUAUUUAAUCAUCUUUUGUAAUGACGCUGAUGGCAAGCCAAUUCAGUACAGUUACCACAUUGAUAGCACAAGAGAAAACUUUCAAGAAUAUUGUGCAAAAGGCAAACUAAUACGAUUCGUUUAAGAUACUUGAAGAGGCCCCUAACAGAGUACUACAAUUGUUGAUUUUCAAACAUACCAAUGUGUUUUAUUAAGUCGUUUUCAAUCCUUAAUGUAAUAUGAUAUAACAUCCUCUGCAAUUUCUCCAUACGAAAAGUAUAUUACUUUCUGAAAAGUUUAAUAUUCAAAGCUCUCCCCCAAGUGAAAAUUAAUCAAUAAAGUUUUAGAAAGCAAAGUCGCUAGAACGGAUCCUGGCGGAACACCGGAUUUAUUUUGUCAGCCAAUAAAGGUGCUUCCUUCAAUCCAAUGUUUCAAAGAGUUUUAUAACAAGCAUUAUUUGUAUCGCGUGUUUAAUUUGCCUGCAUGUGUCAAACCAAUAACUUCGAAACCUUAAAAGCAUUAAGCUUAAAAACACUUCGAUUUAAAGCCAAGGUUUAUCAUCCUUAAUAGUUCUGAUUUUCAUUGCAAUACAGCUAUUUAGAAUUCAUGCCACUAGGAUUAUUUGUAAUGCACAGACUGUAAUUACGGUGAAAUCCUUCGUAAAGGGGAUGCUUAUUUUGUACCAUGGGUCAUUUUACGCAGUGUUGGAGUAGAUUUUAAUAUACGUUAUCGUGGGAUGUUUGCUGUCUAUCAGGCCCUGAAAUGAGCAAAAGUUAGGAGCUUGUUUAAUCAAGCCCCUCGAUUCAGUUAGGUGCUUGAUCAAGCUUCCUGAUUAUUUUUGUCCUUUUAUCAUAUUUUCUUAAAUGUGCGCAAUCAACAGUCGUAAGAAAUUGUCCUCAAAACCAAUUGAAAAAGAACUGUUACGAUGACCUUUAAUGUACUGCAAGAAGGAUUAAAUGUGCUUCGUUGAUAAAAUUUAUGUACAUCACCAUUGUCUUGUAGACGUUUAUGCAGAAUGAUCACAAAAAGUUGUUCCAAACCUUUCUAAAACCGCUUUAACUGCCCACAAAAAGUUCUUACAUAGUUAAAAUACUAAGUGCCUAUAGUAUCCUUAAAUAUUCGCGGUGGAAUUGAUUUUUAAAUGCAUUUUUCCGGUUAUAUUUCCUAUUUUUUGAUAUACCGGCUUUUUAUCGUCUAUGUCACUUGCUUAGGUCACAAAAAAUGACUAGAAAUGUGUUAA